CGUCCUGCAAUGCCUAACCAUCAGUUCGAGUUCCGAACGUAACCUAAGCAAAACAUAGUUUUUGUGUGUUCACCGAGUAAAUCUCCAAACCUCAGCCUAUUCUAAUGGUGGUUGCUGUCAAAGUAUUCAAAAAGACAACACCCAAUGGUAAGCUUACCGUCUACCUUGGUAAACGAGACUUUCUAGAUCACUUAGAUUUUACUGAACCUAUCGAUGGAGUCGUCGUUGUCGAAAAAGACUACCUCAAUGGGCGUAGGGUAUUCGGUCAGGUCAUCACGACCUACCGAUAUGGUCGGGAAGAAGAUGAGGUCAUGGGGGUCAAGUUCAGUAAAGAAAUGGUAGUUGCCAGCGGACAGAUAGCACCCUUACCUGGCAGCGAUGAAAAGGAAAAGCUCACCCAAAUUCAAGAAAAACUAGUGAAGAAGUUCGGCCCAAAUGCUUUUCCGUUCACCUUCAAAUUCCCCGAAAUGUCGCCCUCUUCAGUUACUCUCCAGCCGGGUGAAGAUGACCAAGGCAAACCUCUUGGUGUCGAAUACACCUUGAAGAUUUACGUUGGUGAGCAUACCGACGACAGGGGUCAUAAGAGGAGCACAGUUACCUUGGCAAUCAAGAAAUUGCAAUAUGCUCCUCCAUCCAGAAACCGCAGACUUCCGAGCUCCCUCGUGUCUAAAGGGUUCACCUUUUCUAGCGGAAAAAUCAACCUGGAGGUAACCCUAGACAAGGACAUCUACUACCACGGCGAAAAAGUAGCGGCCACAGUUAUGAUAAGCAACAACUCAAGAAAAUCCGUCAAAAAUAUCAAAGUAUUCGUUGUUCAACACUGCGAAAUAACUAUGGUCAACAACCAAUUUUCCAAAUACGUCGCAAGUAUGGAGACGCGCGAAGGGUGUCCUAUUACGCCAGGUGCCAACUUCACCAAAGUAUUUUACCUGGUGCCUUUAGCGUCCAGCAACAAAGAUCGCCGUGGAAUCGCUUUGGACGGAUAUCUAAAAGACGAAGACGUGAACCUUGCCAGUUCCACAUUGGUACCAGAAGGCAAAUGUCCAGCAGAAGCUAUUGGUAUCGUCAUCUCGCAGAAUUCUACAUUCGUAAAAGAAUGCGGAAUGACUGGCUACACGGUUCACGCGUUCGUAACUACAACACACGCCACAGGAUAA